CCAACAACAAACAGAGGGAGACCCAUAAAAGGAGGUUGUGAGAGUAAAAGAGGGUGUGAGAAAGGACUAAAAAAGGCUGCACGAAUGGAUGAACGGCAAGAAAUGAAAGUCAAGAACCCAUGGCACAGACCACUCGUCAUCUUCAUCACUGUCAUUAUUGCGGUGGGAAUCAUCGUAAUGGUGGCUGUUGCAGUAGUACAGCACAAACCUCUGCUUCAGAAGUACAAGUAUGGAAUCGUUCUUGAUGCAGGGUCAUCUCACACAUCUGUUUAUAUCUAUGAGUGGCCAGCAGAGAAAGAAAACAACACUGGCAUGGUUAAGCAAACACAUGCCUGUAAUGUGAAAGGCAAAGGAAUUUCCAGUUACUCCGGCAAUCCAACACAGGCAGGUGAUUCCCUUAAGGACUGUAUGGAUGAAGCCAGAGAAAAAAUUCCUAAACACAGACACCAAGAAACGCCGGUGUACCUGGGAGCCACUGCAGGCAUGAGGCUGCUCAAGAUGGAAAAUGAUAAUGCCUCACAGAAAGUUUUGGAGUCUGUAGAACAGUUCCUGCAGACAUACCCAUUUUCCUAUCAGGGAGCACGUAUUAUCAGUGGUCAGGAGGAAGGAGCUUUUGGCUGGAUCACUGUCAACUACCUGAGCGAUAAUUUUAGAAAGGCCUCAGGGACACUUGGAGCUCUUGACCUAGGUGGAGCCUCCACUCAGAUCACAUUUGUUUCGAAGCAGGAGAUGGAGUCUCCAGAAAACUCGAUUGAUUUCCGGCUUUACGGAAAUGAUUACCAUCUCUACACACACAGUUUUCUCUGCUAUGGAAAGGAUCAGGCGCUAAAGUUGACUUUAGCUAAUGAAAUACAAGCAAGUCGUAUAAAGACAGAUCCUAUUAUUCUCGAGGACCCUUGUUUCAACCCAGGAUACAAUGUGACCAAAAGCAUUCAAAGUACCUUUAACAGCCCUUGUCUAGGACAGAAUACAUUUUCUCUGACAAGUUUUAUCCAUAACGGCAUUGGGGAUGGAAAUAAAUGUCAUGCAGCAGUCAAAAAGGUCUUUAACCGCACACACUGUUCUACUUCAAGCUGCUCUUUUAACGGUGUCUUCCAGCCCCCUGUGGAGGGCAGAUUUGGGGCAUUUUCUGCUUUCUUCUUUGUGAUGGACUUUCUGAAUCUGACCAGUUACAGCUUACCAGAGGCUAAAAAACAACUGGCAAAUUACUGCGCCACCCCCUGGCAAACUAUAAAGCAACGGCAUUUUCAAGUAAAGGAGAAGUAUCUUUCAGAGUACUGUUUCUCAGCUACCUACAUCCUGUCCUUGCUUGAAGAUGGAUACAACUUUACAUCUGAUAACUGGAAAGACAUUCAGUUUAUCAAGAAGAUCGGGGACAGUGAUGCUGGCUGGACUCUGGGUUAUAUGCUGAAUCUGACAAACAUGAUUCCUGCAGAAGCUCCAGACACUCCACUUCUGCCUUACGAUGGCUAUGUCACGCUUAUGUUCUUCCUCUCUCUCCUGAUUUUUGUCCUGUUUUUACUUGCCUACGUAUCCAUUCGUCGAUCAUCUGGCCAGGCCCAGAAAGCAAUUAUUUAGCUGUGAAAAGGGAUUGGCAAUUUAUUUCGUUACCAUAAAAGCACAGUCUUCCAAGAACAAAAACCAUGGGACUGACAACCACUUCUGAGUUUUUUUUACUCUAAAUCAAUAAACAGUUUAAAAUUUUUACCUCAUUCAAAGAAGAAAUCAGCUCAAAUAACGGAUUUGUGAAUCUAGUAAAUUGAAGAAAUACAGAAGCACAAACAAUACACCUCUACAACUGGAAUAUGUUUUAUGUCUUUGUUAUUUCUUACAACAACCUUAAAAUGCUGAUUCAAAACAAUCUCAGGAGGAAAGAUAAAGUGAUACAUUUCAAUGAAGGCUACUUGUAGGGUUCUCCCUACAGGGAAAGUGCACUGAACUAUAUUUUGUGUCUUUAAUACUUUAGAACAAAUAAUCAUUCUUCUGCAUAGCAGAGUACAAUAUUUUGUACUCAUCUGGAACAGGACUGGGACAAUAAAAUGAGCCCUGAGAUGUGGUAUGGCCUUAUGUAUUUUACUUAAGUAUGCAUACAAUCAUUAUAAAAGUAAGUAUCUGCAAAUACACUGUUUUUAACAAAAUAUAAGGGGCACAAGGUUACAUUUCUGACUGUCUUUCUAUACAAUAGUGUGUUCUUUUAUUACAUUGCUCCAUGAUGUAUGUUUAAAUUACUGUCAAAAAGUUUUGUAAGGCACAUUUGUUUAAAAUAUCAAUGUACUGUCUAUGUUAUUCUUGUGACGUGUACACUACAGGUCUAUGUUAUGGAAGCAACAAACUAAACAAAAUUAACAAUUAAUUACAUCUACAUUUUUUAAUGGUGCUGUGGCCAGGGCCCUGUGCAAACUAGUCAGUUUCUUUCACACCAAACUUGCCAACAAACCACUGCUUAUACAGCCCACCUGGUGCACAAAGAAAAGCUGCUGCCAUAAAAUUAUUUGGAAUAUUAACUUUAAGUGAAUAACAACAGCUGUGUGCUGUACUUUAACAGUUCUUUAACAUUAAACUAAUGGGUCCAGCCAGAGCCCUUCACCAAACUUCAUUCUUGGAACAAUACAUUCCCACAUUGUAAAGGUGCACUGAGCCAAAUUAAAAGCCCCCAAAAUCAAUCUUCUGUCAGUAUUUAUGAGUGAGGAUUACAUGGCUACAUGCUUCAUUUGAUGGCUGAAAUAACUGAACUCACUAACUGAAAAACGUGUCCAUGUACCUUGUCAUGUAGUUUAUAUUUAAUUUAUAUAAAAUCUUCAUUCUUGGAACCACAUCUAGAUUUACCUAUUUUUCAUUAAAUAAUCUUCUGUGCAGCCAUGUACAUUUAGACAGCCAAGAAGUGAUUAUUCAUUAUCUUAGACCCUGGAAUACUAAUCAGAAGAUUGUGAGCUCAAAUCUCACUUGCACCAACUUUCCACUGUUGGGACUUGCCCUGCCCUUAGCUGUUUAAUUUAUAUGCAAGUAUAUUUUGAUAAUACGAUCUUUUGAAUGUAUAAUACGUAAAUCAUAAAAUGUUAGACUGCAAGAGUCACACUACAUCAAAAACACACAAUCUUGGCCGCUCAGGUGGCGCAGCAGUAAAAACACACGCUGGAACCAGAGCUGGGAUCUCGAAUACAUCGUAUCGAGUCUCAGCUCUGCCUGCCGGCUGGGCUGAGGAGCCACAUGAACAACGAUUGGCCUGUUGUUUAAAUAGGGGUGGGAUAUUAACAAAAGCCAGGUAGGGACUCUCUCAUAACAAAUGCAACUACAACCUCUGCUGGCUGAUUGAUGGUGCCUGCACAGAGACAGGAAAAGAGUGCUGUCAGGGUGUGUCUCUCCGUACACAGUGCUGAUCACUCGUCAAAGUGUAGAUGACAAAAUGCAUUCGGCUGCUGCCCACAUGUCGGAGGUUAGUCAGUGUUAGAUUUUGGCACAUAGUUUUAAAUUUAAAUUGCAUUUUAUAAAGAAUUAGUAAGCUGUACAGUAUUGCUGUAAAUAUUGGGUCAAACCAUUUUGUUAUUAAAAAUGCAAUCUGUUUUUGAAGGUGAUAAGUAUUUAUUUGCUUACACGGAGCAUGCUGAUGAGCCUUUAUGAACAGUACCUACACUGGACACUAUUACAAGCAUGUAUUAAGUAAUCUUACAUGUAUUUAAGAAGGCACAUUGACAAAUACAAACUUUUAUUAAAUUAUUUAAUGCCCACUCAGGAAUGGACUUUUCCCAGCAUUCAUUUGCCUUGAACUGAAAUGUAGCUCAAUUAAUACACAUUAAAUCUUUUCCAGAAUUAAAUGCAAGUGCCCCAUGAAAUUCUCUAAUUUUUUAAGAUUGUGUUAUGAUAAUAUUAAUUGAAUGUCGUUGUGAACCAUUCAUCAAGUUUUACAACUUUUACAACCAAAAAUCUAAUAAGCACAAGUGUUGAUUCAUAACACUGCACAAAGUUUGAUUUCUGUGCAAUAGUUAUUAUGUACUGAAACUAAAGUAAUAAUUUCUGGCCUUACAAUAAAAUAUUCAUACAGGGCAGUAAGAGAUUUAAUUUAUUUCUCUUACUGCCCUGUAGGAAUAUUUUAUUGCUUUUAUAAAACGGCGGUCAACAUAAAAUAUAAUAAAUACAACAAUGUUUAAUUCAUAAAUGUAUUUAUUGGGUAUAAACUUACAAUAAAGCAUUCUCAGUCAGAGCGACUUACAAUUAUGACUGAACACAAUUUUGAGCAAUUGAGGGUUAAGGGCCUUGCUCAGGGGCCUAACAGUGGCAACCCAGUGGUGGUGAGGCUUGAACCGGCAACCUUUUGAUUACUAGUCCUGUACCUUAACCACUGAGCUAUCACUGCCCUGGGAUUUUACAACGGCUUCGAACGCGGCUCAGCCAAUCAGAUUUUAGGACCGGAACUAUCCGUUUUAUAAAAAGUUUUAAAUGCUUACAGUCAAGGCUUCCAGCAUGUAAAAGAUACAUUUAAAGUGUUUAUAUGGUUUGACAGUCUAAAUGUUAUGACAAUUUAAAAAUUAAGCUCAACUGUAAAAUUGAUUUCUAAAGAAUGUAUGUAAUACUGUUACCCUACCUAAAGUUUUAACACAAAUAGUAUUGCUUCCAUACCUUUGACAAGUAGUGGACAUGUAAAAUAUUUUUUUACUAUUAAAAUUGCCAGUGAGUUUAUUUUGA